AUGGCGCCGCGAAGGGCGCAUACCAAGUCACGCAACGGAUGCGAUCAAUGCAAGAAGCGACGCGUCAAGUGUGACGAGCGAGGCCCACCCUGCUCGAAUUGCAUCUCUCGCGAACUGCAUUGCACGUAUACAAGGAAGGCGGCCGCUCGCACCGUCGCCAAUUCCUCUUCCGCCAGUCCCGCCCCCCUGUCGCACGCCGCGCAUCGGCACCUCGAAGCUGCCAGCCAUGCCUUCACGGUCGCCGGCACGACCAGUCCGCCUAAUUUCUCGCGUAAAAAAGAGCUCGAGUUGAUGCAUAAGUACUCUACCGAGACCUACCAGAGUCUCAGCAAUGAACCCGCCGAUUACCAGGUCUGGCAGAUGUUUCUGCCGCGCAAGGCUCUUGAAUUCGACUUUCUCAUGAACGGCCUGCUGGCCGUCGCCUCGCUGCACACGGCCGCGUCGAUCGACUCGCCAGAAGCCCUAUCCUAUAUCGAUUCGGCCCUCGAGUACCAUAAUCAGGCUUCAGCGCCCUACCGCCAAGCCAUCGACAAUAUCAGCCCGAUCAACUGCGACGCGGUGUUCGCGCACGCUAUUAUCACCACCGUCAUCGGCAUCGCCCUCCCCCAGCUGACUGCCGACCGUAUCAAAAGCACCACCAUGACCGAGAACAUCUUCGUCGUGUUCGAACUCCUGCAGGGUGUCAGCAACAUCCUCCAGAUCAGCCGCCCCUGGCUGAAGACUACUUUCUUCACCUCUCGUCGCGGCUUCUUCGACGUGCCCUACGCUUCUCUGGACGCGGAUACAGAAUCCUCGUUUACGCAAUUAACCGCCACUAAUGAUCUCAUGUUGAAUAAUACAGACCCAGACCAACAUCGUAUUAUGAAUGAUGCCAUUGAACUGCUGCGUCGCUGUUAUCGGCGCUUUGCUCAUGCGCAUGACGCCGCGUCGGUCAUUUCGUGGCUCUCGACGGUGGAUAAGGAGUUUGUGCAUGCGCUGCGAGGCCGUCAGCCUAUUUCACUCUUGGUGUUAAUGCACUGGGCUGUUCUUCUGAAUGAACUCGAUGGGAAGUUUUGGUGGGCUCGGAAUUCGGCUAAUUCUCUGGGGGCAGAGUUGCUGAGGGACUUGCGUUUGGGUGAUCCUCGAUUAGAAGGGGCGUGGACUUGGCCGAAGAAAAAGUUGGGAAUUUAG